AUGUUGUCUCUUUUCCGGCAGUGGAAGUGGUAUUCAUUGAAGCAUACUUGGUUUGGUCCACUGACCUUCAUCACCAUAUUUCUCUCCUUGUUUGCCCUUAAUCCAACAAGCUCGAAUCCAAUCCACCACUUUAUCUUCCUCUCCUACCAGAUACCGAACGAAGAUGGAGAUCGCCAUUUAUCAGAGGCUCGACCUCAAUAUGGGAAGGGUCUUUGGGAUAUUGCCUUCGUCACAUUCUACACCAUCGUACUCUCCUUCACCCGCGAAUUCAUCAUGCAAGAAUUUUUGCAACCACUAGCAAGACGAACUCAAUUAAAAAGCAGAGCAAAGCAAUUUCGCUUUAUGGAGCAAGCUUACACGGCAAUAUAUUUCGCUGUCCUCGGGCCAUUCGGAUUAUACGUGAUGAAGCGUACACCUGUUUGGUACUUUAAUGUAGCCGGGAUGUACGAGGACUACCCACACAGAACCCACGAUGCUGCAUUCAAGUUCUACUAUCUGUUCCAGGCCGCAUACUGGGCGCAGCAAGCCAUCGUCAUGAUGAUAGGGAUGGAAAAGCCAAGAAAGGACUUCAAAGAAUUGAUUGCACAUCAUGUUAUCACAUUAACUUUGAUCGCACUCAGUUACAGAUUCCACUUCACCUACAUGGGACUAGCCAUCUACAUUACCCACGAUAUCAGUGAUUUCUUCCUCGCCACAUCCAAACUCCUAAAUUACAUAAACCAUCCCCUCGUCGGCCCCUACUUCAUCUUCUUCAUGUGCACCUGGCUCUACCUCCGUCACUACCUCAACAUCCUAAUCCUCAUCUCCGAAUUCUACGAAUUCAAAACAGUCGGGCCGUAUAUGCUAGACUGGGAGAACGAACAAUUCAAGUGUCUUAUCUCGCAUGUUAUCUCGACGUUUUUGUUGGGAGGUUUGCAGAUGUUGAACUUGGUGUGGUUGGGCUGGGUACUGAGGACGGCAUGGCGAUAUGUGUGGUUGGAUGUUAAGGAGGAUGAUAGGAGUGAUGAUGAUGAGAAGGAGUGGAGGGAGGAGAUGAGGGAGGAGGUUGAAAGGAGGGCUAGGGAGGAGGACUUGUUGAGGGCCGAGCAGGAAAUGAGGACGAGAGCCGCGGAGAAAAAGGUCGUUUUGGGCAGUGCGAAGGUGGGGAAGAAGAGAUCAAAGUAG